AUGUCUUACCUGAAAAGAUCUUUAAAUAUUGGGCUUGACGAUAAACUUCCAUUUGUUGAUGUUGAUAAACGGUUUCAGAUGUUUUACCUGAAAAGAUCUUUAAAUAUUGGGCUCGAUGAUAAACUUCCAUUUGUUGAUGUUGAUAAACGGUUUCAG